GCAAAGGCGGUACGAGCACACAGUGUGACUAACCUGUGUUGUCAAACUAAAAUCUAUACUACCGGAGUUGAGGUUGUUGGGGGGUAGAUAUUUUAGUCAGCUGGCCGUAGGACCUACACGUUUUAUUAUUUUGUUCCCAGUUGGAUGCAAAUUGCCUUUUAUUUGUCCUUUAUUGCCAUGCAUAUUUGGUAUGUAUAUAUAUUUUAACAUUUGCCCCCUCAAGCAGUACCAAAUGCAGCGGAAUGGAUAGCGUUUUUGGCAAAGGGGGGAAGAUGGUCGAAAGUGAUGAACUGUCGGAUCCGGCAAGCGGCCGUGACUGCGCUGCGAUGGCUGCGCUACACCAGUGCGAACUUAUCCAGAAUUUGAUCGAAAUAUCCAUCGCCAGUCUGCAAGGGCUCCGGACCAAGUGCGCUGCGACAAACGAUCUCACCCAACAGGAGAUACGCACUUUAGAGGAGAAGCUGGUGAAGUACAUCUGUAAGCAGCUGCAGUGCAAAUGGAAGGUUCCGGAGAGAGAGAGACCGCUGGCCCUGGACACAUACCCGCGACUCUGCGACUGGCUCCACACAGUCAACCUGCGCUCUGAGCUCAUACAGGCGGUGCCAGUGAAGCUCUCUCUGGACGUGCUGCUGCAGAUGUCAGGCUGUCAGGUGCGGGAGGCCCUGAGGAAGCUGGGAUCCAGCUCAGAGGAGAGCUCCCGGCUCAGUGCUGCCCUCUCCUGUCUGAGAGGAGCUACUGAAUCAGGAGGGGAGGUGAGGGAGGAUGGAGUUCCCUGGAUCUGUGAGCCCCCUUGCCGGGACUCCGCCCCUCAGGAUCAGCUGACCUCUGCCUCCAGGCCCCCCUGCGCACACAGCCCCUCCCCUCCGUGCCCGACCCCAGCCACACCCCCUGCACCGCUCGAGCCCCUCCCCUGGAACGCAUUCACGCCCCCAGUGACCCCGCCCCUCCGGAGACACGCCCUGUGGAAGCGCCCCCAAACGCCCCCUCCGCCCCCCCGGACUCUGCUCCAGUUCCUGCCCAACAUCUCCCUGCCACGCAGCAGGAGCCAGGAGGCCCAGCUCGCCCACCGCAUCCACAACCCGGCAGGCAACAAGUGUGCUCAGAAGAAUGCGCUGCUCCUGAACGUACAGGUAAACGGCGGUGGCUACGCGGUUGAAGACCCCGCCUCCCGGUCGCCGCUGCCCUCCUACCGGAGCCCCACUCCUGGCUCCACCCCCUCCACUGUGCCGGCCACGCCCACUCUCCCGGAGGAGCACGUGAUUCUCAAAAAUAACCUGGCCCUGCACAGGAAGUCCCCACAGACCCCGAGACGGGACAUUGGUCUGGCUGUCACUCACAGGUUUUCGACCAAAUCCUGGCUCUCUCAGACGUGUCAGGUGUGCCAGAAGAACAUGAUGUUUGGAGUAAAGUGUAAACACUGCAGGCUAAAGUGCCACAACAAGUGCACGAAAGAGGCUCCUUCCUGCCGGAUAUCUUUCCUCCCGAUCACAAAAAUGCGAAGGGCGGAGUCUGUGCCCUCUGACAUCAACAACCAGGUGGACCGGCUGGAGGAAGCGCCGCAGUUCGACACAUUACCGAAGGCGCUGACCAAAAAGGACCUCCCCCCCACACUGAUGCAGCUGGACUCCAGUAGUAACCCCUCCUCCACCACGUCCUCUACCCCCUCCUCCCCCGCCCCCUUCCAGCAGUGCCACGCCCCCAGCGCCACCCCGCCCCCAAACCCCUCCCCCAAGGGCCCCCGAGACAACAGGUUCCACUUUCCAGCCACUUGCUACUUUCAGCACAGACAGCAGUUUAUCUUCCCUGACGUGUCCAGCUCUACCCAGUCGACAGCCUUAAAGUCCGAUGGCCUCCAUGAUGUCAGUGAGACGGACUCCACGCUGCAGCUGGCAGCAGCACAACAGGAAGCUGUGGAGGAGGUGGAGGAAGAUGAGGAGGUGCAUGCAGAGGAAGAAGAGCCUGAGGAGGGCGGGGGAGGGGAGCGGGAGGGGCGGGGGGCGGGCGGGUCGGACGCUGAAUUGGACGGAGACGAGCUGGAGGAACUCCUGUGCUGGCGGGGGGGUGUGUGGAGGGGGCCCAUCGCCCGCAAGGCCAGCCAGACCAGCGUGUACCUGCAGGAGUGGGACGUCCCGUUCGAGCAGCUGGCCCUGGGGGAGCUGAUCGGGCGGGGCCGCUGGGGGAAGGUGCACAAGGGCCGCUGGCACGGCGAGGUGGCCGUCCGCCUGCUGGAGAUCGACGGCAACAACCAGGACCACCUCCGGCUCUUCAAGAAGGAGGUGAUGAACUACCGCCAGACCCGUCACGAGAACGUGGUGCUGUUCAUGGGAGCCUGCAUGGACCCGCCCCACCUCGCCAUCAUCACCAGCUUCUGUAAAGGGCGGACACUGUACUCUGUUGUAAGAGAUGCUAAAAACGCACUGGACAUCAACAAGACCAGACAAAUCGCACAGGAGAUUGUGAAGGGAAUGGGAUAUCUUCAUGCUAAAGGCAUUGUGCACAAGGACCUGAAGUCGAAGAAUGUGUUUCAUGACAUGGGGAAGGUGGUGAUCACGGACUUUGGGCUUUUUGGGAUGUCAGGUGUGGUCCAGGAAGGCAGGCGGGAGAAUGAGCUCAGGCUGCCACAGGGCUGGGUGUGUUAUUUGGCCCCUGAGAUCGUGCAGCGUUUGGCCCCGGGCAGCGAGGACCGCCUCCCCUUCUCCAACGCCGCCGACGUGUACGCCUUUGGCACCAUCUGGUACGAGCUGCAGGCCCGUGAUUGGCCGUUCACCAACCAACCAGUCGAGGCCACCAUUUGGCAGGUGGGGAGUGGGCAGGGCAUCAGGAACGUGCUGGCCCAGAGCAGCCUGGGCAAGGAAGUGACGGAGAUCCUGUCCGCCUGCUGGUCCUAUAACCUGCAGGACAGACCCAGCUUCACCCAGCUGGCCGACAUGCUGGAGAGGCUCCCCAAACUCAACCGCAGGCUGUCCCAUCCGGGACACUUUUGGAAGUCUGCUGAACGCUUGCAUCACCACUGCCUGCGAGAGCACUGUUCUCAGGGGAAGCGCCUCUGUCCCUUCAGCUACAAGGAGCCGGGUCUUCUCUGACCAGCUCUGCGUUCAGCCCCCUUUCAGCCCCCUUUCAGCCCCCUUUCAGCCCCCUUUCAGCCCCCAAUCAACUCCUAAUCAUGCUCCAAUACAGCAGAUGGGGAGGGUGAGGGAGACUGGUUCAGUUCCGGUUGGCAACAGAACGCUGGUAUUUUUGCUGAACUAGGCACCUGGCAGGCUAACAGCCCUGUGGCUCGGCAGGCUAAAGAGCGUGUGACCUCACAGCUUAAAGAACAUGGCGGUGGUCUCCCCAGUGUCAUAAUGCUGCCAGUAUUAUGCGCUAGUUCUUUCCUGUGUUCAGUCAGAUACUUACUAGCUGUUUAUGUGCCUUGUUUUCUUAUUCCUUUCUUGCUAUCCUUAACAUGAGUGUGAUGUACACGUGUGUUAACACAAUGCACUGUGUUAGAAAGCUCUGAUAAAGUGUUGGUGCUGAAAGCUGGGACAGCUGUGGACCUGCAUGUGAGAGUGAGCUGUGUUUCUGCUGACCUCUCUGACUCUCUGCUCCUAGGUCUGUAGCUCAGUGCCAGCCACCUUGCUGGGUCUUCGGCCUCGUCCUGCACAAGGGCAACCGCUUAAUCCGAACUCUUCAUGCCAAUUUGAGUUUGAAACAGCCAAUCAUAUUCAUUGCAGUUCCAAAGUAUUUUUGACAGUUUUCUUAUUGUUCAGCCUCAUAAUGGCUUCCUUGACUGUCAUUGGCACAACGCUGGUCCUGAUGUUGACAAAUGCCAAGAACAGACACCAAAGCUAAUCAAAAGCUGACAAUCAAAAUUGGAUACUUCCUUAGUGCAGGUAGAAGCUUUCAGUGAUUGAGUUCACCUGACAAAUCAGAAAUAGCCGAGAAGCCAACUGUUCAAUUACUUUUGGUCCCCUAAAAUUGGGGGACUAUGUACAAAAAGGGAUGCAACUCCUUCACAGAUUAUCUGAUAUGAUAGUCUGCACUUUAACCUCGUUAUACAAUGUUCAAAUCCAAUGCGCUGGAGUACAGAACCAAGACUUACGGACUGUACUGCAAGUAGGCUCAUCUCAUUGUUGCCACAAGACAUCCUCAGUUUCUGGAUAAGCAAUGUUCCUUUUGAGAGACUGAUCCGUGCAGUCGGAUGAGUACUGCCUAAAACGCGCCCUCAGCUUAUCGUCGUGCCCUCACUAAUGGCGUCUAACCUCCCGCUUCCUUUUCUCUUCUCUUCUCUCUCUCUGUCUCUCUCUCCUCUCUCUCGCCAUCCCGUCUCUCUGUUUCUGCUGUAGGUUGUAGCUGUCAGCACUUGAAUCGAGACUCAGAGUCCAGGCCUAGCAUACUUCUCAAACCCAACCACUAAAAAUAUGAACGCAUUUCAAUGCUUCCACUAACCUGCAGCCUGACCUCGUCUGAACCUGUCUGCUUCUCUUGUAUCAUGUGUGAGGGGUGUGAUUUGGACCAAGGAGAUCAAGAAGGUGUGUGUGUGUGUGUGUGUGUGUGUGUGUGAUGCAAUCACAAAUCAUCUCCUUGUAAUUCUAACCUGGCCCCUGUAAUUCCCAUUUCCUUUUGGUUUUUACUCAUUUAUUUGUUUAAUUGGAAUGACUGGUGUUCCUGCUGUAGUAGACAUGGGUAAUGCUGGUGUCACAGUCCUACUUCGUACUGGGAGAGAGGUUGUAGCCCAGAACUUUGCUGUUAAGUGUCUCCUGUCGCCCCAUAUGAAGAGUCGCCCUGAGGAGUUCAGAAUAUCUUUUUUAAUAUACUUUUUUAUGCUGUCUGCUGAGAAUUUGAGUGUUGAUUUUAAGUAGUAUUGGUUCCCACAUGGGUCAGACUUGAUUUUUUGAUAUCACUUUGUCUCUCUCAUGCUCUCUCUCUCACAGAUGCCUACACAUAGAACAGACACACACAUAGAAUAUAUGCAAACACUUUUUGGCUAUUAGAAAUUUUGCCAUUCCAAAAAUGGCUUUCCCUUCCUCCAGCAAAAAAACCAGCUCAACUCGUCUCAACAGUGUUCAGCAACAUAUUUUUGAAAGAUGACCUCUUAUGUAAAACUGCAGGUGCGCAUGUGCAUUCAAGUAUUUGUGUGUGUGUGUGAGUGUGUGCACGCCCUCUUGUGUGCAUGGUCGAUUUUCAAGUGGCUGAAUGUAUUUUUUGGGGCGGUUAAUUCUGUGAAUUGAGGAGCUUUCGCUUUUAAAAUAGCAUAUAUCAUAUAAAUAUUGUUGUAUUUAAUGUACAGCUAAAGUAAUUAUUUUAAUAUUUCUAUGAACAUUUUAUAUUACACUGUAUGCCGUUGUGCUUUUAAACCGGUACUGCUCCUCAGUCAAUGUACAGAUGUUUAUACCUAUAUUUUUACCAUGGAUAAAAUGCUACUGAGCCUAAAUUAUUUUUAUUUUUUUUAGAAUGGGUCCAUAUUUUUUUUUUUUUUACAUCAUGUAAGAAUUAAUAUUUUUGUAUUGCAUGUGGCUAUUACUCUGCACACACAGUUCUGGUUUUCAUCUUUCAAAGACAAUAAAAUGAUGCU